AUGGUGGGUGUUGAAAAGGAUAUGGCUGAAAUGAAAAUUAAACCAGAAGCUUUUGUAUUUGUUGACGAAAGUUCCGGCAACGAUGAGGUUGGUAAAGGAACAGAAAGUGAACCUUUCAAGACUGCCAUCCGUGCCUUGCAGGCUAUCGAAAAUUGUACAGUCAUAAUUCGCAAAGAUUCUUCUUCUCAAUAUGAACCUAUUGGCACCAAUGCAUUGAAGAAGGCCAAGAAAGGGGUUGAACAGGCUGCCCGUAAAAAAACAAAGGCUGGUGAAAAUGAAAAGCUAGCCGCUAGCAAGGCCAUUGCUGCCAAGGAGGCGGAGGCUAAACGGAUGGAGGCUGCUUCUAAAAUUGUUUUAGAAGAGCCCAAGGAUGCUCCUAAGGCUGAGAAGAUUUUGAUUACUGAUAGCACCCAAUAUCGCGAGAAGCGAGUUGUUGUUAACGGUUGGGUUCAUCGUAUGCGCAAUCAAAAAGGCAUUAUCUUCGUUGUUUUACGUGAUGGUACCGGCUACUUGCAAUCCGUGUUAACCGGCAAGGUCUGCGAAAAGGCUUCUUAUGAUUUCAUCAAUUUGGGUCCUGAAUCUACCAUCGCUUUGUAUGGUGUUAUUAAGGAAUUACCUGAAGGAAAGUCGGCCCCUGGUAAUCACGAACUUGUCGUCGAUUAUUACGAUAUCCUUCAUGCUGCUCCUACUGGUGAGGAAGCCUUCACAAACCGUUUGAACGCGGAAGCCGAACCCUCCUAUUUGCUUGAUCAGCGCCAUCUCGUUAUUCGUGGUGAAACUGCUUCUGCUGUUCUUAAGGUCCGUGCUCGUGUUUUACGUGCUAUGCGUGAUGCUUUUGAGGAUCUUCGCAUGACUGAAGUUACUCCUCCUUGCAUGGUUCAGACCCAAGUUGAAGGUGGUGCUACUCUAUUCAAAUUUAAUUAUUAUGGUCAGGAUGCCUAUUUAACUCAAUCCAGUCAAUUAUACUUAGAGGCUGCUCUUCCAGCCUUGGGUAAUGUUUACUGCGUCCAAGAAAGUUUCCGUGCCGAGAAGUCUCUUACUAGACGUCAUCUUUCUGAAUUUACACACGUUGAGGCUGAGAUGCCUUUCAUUAACUUCAAAGAAUAUUUAGAACUUCUUGAAGAAUUUAUUUGUCAGACUAUUGAUCGCAUCCUUGACGACCCAGUUGCUGCUCCUUUGAUCAAGCAGUUGAACCCUGACUUUAAGAAACCCUCCAGACCUUUUAUGCGCCUUACCUAUGAGGAUGCUAUCAAGUAUCUAAAUGAACACAACAUCUUGACAUCCGAGGGUGAUCAUCAUAAGUUUGGUGAUGACAUUGCUGAGGCUGCUGAGCGCAAGAUGACUGACCAAAUUAACUGUCCUAUUUUCCUUACUCAUUUCCCUGUCGAAAUUAAAUCCUUUUACAUGCAGCGUGUUAAGGAACGUCCAGAUCUCACUGAAAGUGUAGACUGUUUGAUGCCUAACGUUGGUGAAAUUGUUGGUGGAAGUAUGAGAAUUUUCGACAUGGAGGAGCUUUUGGCCGCUUAUAAACGUGAGGGUAUUGACCCUACCCCUUACUAUUGGUUCACCGAACAACGCAAAUAUGGUACUACAGAACAUGGCGGUUUCGGUUUGGGACUUGAACGCUUCCUUGCAUGGCUGUGCAACCGCUAUACUGUUCGCGAAUGCUGCUUAUUCCCUCGUUUCACUGAACGUUGCAAACCUUAA